CUAAAACUCUUAAACCUGGCAGAAACAGAACACAAUGACGACAACUCUUCCGACAUCGUUUUCUUCGUUACCGGAAGACAUCAUUCUCAGUUGCUUGGCUCGUGUCUCAAAAUUCUAUCGUCCGACUCUAUCCUUAGUCUCCAAGUAUUUCCGAUCUCUCGUAGCUUCUCCUGAUCUUGAGGCCACACGUUCCCGCAACGGGAUAACAGAAGAUUAUCUCUGCGUCUGCUUAAACGUGGGGUCUAAGCCUCGCUGGUUCACACUUGCACCAUUCCCACAACAACAGAAACUCAAACCAAUCCCUCCUUAUUAUAAACAUCCCAAAUCCUCCACCGUUGUUUCAAUCGGUUCAGAGAUUUACAUAAUCGGAGGCUCCCUUCAUCAAAAGAAAGGCAACAGAGUGUUGGUUCUUGAUUGUCGAUCUCAUCUAUGGCGUAGACUACCAAACAUGCGUCUAGCUAGAGAAACUCCAGCCGCUGAUGUAAUCGAUGGUAAGAUCUACGUGAAUGGAGGCUCUACGUCGUACAAAAUCGAGAAUUGGGGAGAGGUUUAUGAUCUAAAGACCCAAACUUGGGAGCCAUUAUUGUUUACAACACUUGAUCUCACCACUCAUAAGAGUGUGGUUCCAGGUAAAUUGGUAAUGGGUGGAAAAGUUUAUUCUAUGAAUGAUGAUUUGAAGAUUAGCUUGGAGAAGAAUGUUUGCUUGGUAGAGAUAGAGAACAUGAUGUGCCAAAUAUCGAUUUCGAAGGGGAUGUUAGUUUGGUAUAAUCCAGAGGAGAAUUUGGGGUGGAGUAGGGUUGAGGGACUUGAAGGAGUACCUCGUGAUCCAUAUUUUCCUGGUUAUCUAACUUCGGUGGCAAGUUACGACCGAGGAAGGAGAGUAACGGUUUGGUGGAAGUUGAUAGUGAGUCGUUGUUGGCCUGAUUGGAUGGAAAGUAAAACAGAGAUUUGGUGUGCAGAGAUUUCGUUUGAGAGACGAGAUUUAGGAAAGCUUUGGGGUUUUGUUGAAUGGUCUAAGAAUGUGUUUAUUUUCGACGGAGGCGUCUCUUCUGAUUUCUUUUUGCAUUAGGCUAUUGUGACAUACUGAUCAUUGUAUUGUAGUUUUGAUAUACAGUAAAACCUCUAUAAAUUAAUAAUGUUGGGACCAUGAUA